UAUUACAAGUUUGGAAAGAUUGCAUAGCCAAUUAGACUUCAUGGUUCUGUGUGAUUCACUAAUUUGGAUGGUAUUUUAUACUUGAUCCAUGACAUUGAUUCUUCACUUUACUUCUCUUCACCUUCAUUGCCAAGCUGCGUGAAACCUAAGUUGUUUGGUCAUUCCUAAGCUGUAAGAAAUGGGAGAUCGAUCAGAUGGCAGAAAAGGAGAUAAAAAUCCAAAAAUACCCAUCCCCGGCAAGAGGAACAUACUCAUCACCAGUGCUUUGCCUUAUGUCAACAAUGUUCCUCAUCUUGGCACUCUCAUUGGCUGUGUUCUAAGUGCUGAUGUUUUUUCUCGGUAUUGUCGUCUUCGUGGGUAUAAUUCUAUAUACAUUUGUGGAACUGAUGAGUAUGGGACGGCAACAGAGACAAAGGCCAUGGAGGAAAAUUGUACUCCACAGCAGAUUUGUGAUAAAUAUUAUGCAAUUCAUAAGGAGGUCUACGAUUGGUUUGACAUAAGUUUUGAUGAAUUUGGUCGCACAUCAACUCCUCAACAAACUGAAAUAUGCCAAUCCAUUUUCAAGAAACUGAUGGAGAGCAAUUGGCUUUCUGAGAGAACCAUGCAGCAGCUUCAUUGUGAAACAUGUGAGCGUUUCUUGGCUGACCGGCUUGUGGAAGGCACCUGUCCUACACCAGAUUGUAAUUACGAUUCUGCACGUGGUGACCAAUGUGAGAAGUGUGGAAGACUGUUGAAUCCUUCUGAACUUGUGGAUCCUAAAUGUAAGGUAUGUCAGAAAACUCCAGAAAUUCGUGACACAAACCACUUGUUUCUUGAGCUCCCAUUGUUGAAGGAAAAAUUGGAAGAGUAUAUCAAUUACAUGUCAGUUGCUGGAUCUUGGAGCCAAAAUGCUAUUCAAGCUACAUAUGCUUGGCUUAAAGAGGGAUUAAAGCCCCGCUGUAUAACAAGGGACCUUAAAUGGGGUGUUCCCGUUCCACAUGAAAAAUUCAGGGACAAGGUUUUCUAUGUAUGGUUUGAUGCACCUAUUGGUUACGUGUCUAUCACUUCAUGUUACACAACUGAUUGGGAGAAGUGGUGGAAGAACCCUGAAGAUGUGGAGCUGUAUCAGUUCAUGGGAAAAGAUAAUGUGCCAUUCCACACUGUUAUGUUUCCAUCUACACUUAUUGGAACUGGAGAAAACUGGACAUUGAUGAAAAAUAUUAGUGUCACUGAAUAUAUUAACUAUGAAUCAGGAAAGUUCUCCAAGAGUAAGGGUGUGGGAGUUUUCGGCAAUGAUGCAAAAGACACAAACAUUCCUGCAGAAGUUUGGCGGUAUUACUUGCUAACUAAUAGGCCAGAGGUCUCAGACACCCUCUUUACAUGGGCGGACUUGCAGGCAAAACUAAAUAGUGAAUUACUAAAUAAUUUGGGCAAUUUCAUUAACCGAGUAUUGAGCUUCAUAGCAAAACCCCAAGGAUUAGGUUAUGGAUCUAUCAUACCCGAUGCCUCAGGUGCAGAAUCACAUUUAUUGACUAAAACAUUGGCAGAAAGAAUUGGUGAAUAUAUAGACCAAUACAUAGAAGCAAUGGAAAAGGUCAAACUAAAGCAAGCACUGAAAAUUGGAAUAAGCAUUUCCAGUGAAGGGAAUGCAUAUUUGCAAGAAAGCCAGUUCUGGAAGCUUUACAAGCAAGACCAAGCUUCCUGUGCCAUUGUUGUGAGAACUUCUGUAGGACUGGUCUAUCUUCUUGCUUGCGUGUUAGAACCAUUCAUGCCUUCAUUUUCUCUCAAGGUAUUAAGUCAGCUUGGUUUGCCUCUGGAGAAAAAACUUUCACUUCGAGAUGAGAAUGAGGAUCUUGAAAGGUUAAGAAAACCAUGGGAACUUAUACCUGCUGGCCAUAGGAUUGGGACACCAGAGCCUAUAUUUAAGGAAUUGGCAGAUGAAGAUGUAGAGUUCUUCAGGAAGAAGUUUGCUGGAAGUCAAGCUGAUAGAGUGGUGAAUUUAGAAGGUGAAGCAAGGAAAGCUGGUGAGAAAUUGGACAAAACCAAAGUCUGAUGUAAUUUUUUUUUUUUUUUCCAGUAUGUUGUGCCACCCUGAGUGUUAGGAAUUUUUUUUUUUUUUUUUUUUUUUGGGUGAAUAAAAAGAGUUGGAGUGGUAGAGGUUGGCAUACCCUGCAACAUGUUUAUAUGUCCUCUUGGUUAAAAUAUGUUUAUAGUAAUGCUUGUUCUCCUGAUUAGAGGCACCUGAGUAAAGCAGAUUUGCUUUUGUUACAGCGUUGUGUUCCACGUUUGAUUUGAAAAUUUGUUUCAAGUUGUAAGUCUGAAUUUAUUUAUUUUUGGCCAAAAAAAGGAGAAAAUGUAGGUACAUUUGGCAAAUGACACUGUAAUUGGCAUUAUAAAGAGAAUGAAUGGCCAAGUAUCGGAGAAAAC